ACGAACUGGACUCACUCAGCCAUGUUUCUCGCUUGGAGCUUGGGGACCGUUGUUCGAUGUUGCCGCUAGCUCCGCCCCAAUGCCAGAACAAAAGCUUCUUCCUCCCAUUCAUUGCCCAUUCAUUCCGACAGCUUUGCAAGCAUAAUCUCUACGCACUAUCCUUCCAUUGCACCUCCUUCAACACUCUGAUUUUACCUUCUGCAAAGCAAUCCAAAAAUCUUCCAACAUGACGCUUGGUCACCACAACACGAACCCCAUGGCCAGCACUGGUCUGAUGGGUCACGGCCACCACACCACAGGGACAGGACUGACUGGCACGGGCACAGGCGUAACUGGACACCAUCAUCACGGAACUGGGGCCCUGGGAACGGGCACUACAGGGACGGCGGGAGUCGCUGCCACUGAUUCAGGAGCACACGCCUCGGCUGGUGCGAGCAACAUGAAAGCCACUUUCAAGGAGAAGGUGGCCCAUGUUAAGGCCGAUGUUGUGGAGGCAGGCCAGAAGCUGACUCAUCCCACCAACCCCGCAUACAAGAUGGCAGCCACUCAGGAGUCUGAAACCAAGAAGGCAGCAGCUACUGAGAGGAAGUUCCAAGAGCAAGCCCUGGCUGGUGCCAAUGAGCACGGAAAGAUGGCAAAUGCUCGUCAGGGAGUGGCAAAUGCUAUGCACGGACACAUGGGACACACGCACAACACGACAUACAACACGAACACAUACUAAGAUUGAGGUUGCGGGUGAAAACUCAUGUGGUAGAGCCUUAGCCAACUUGAAUUUAAGAUAUUAAUCUCAUUCUAACCUCGUGGAGUAUGACGAAGGGGAAAUGGCAAAAGGGAUCGAAACUAUGACCACGUUGCAGUAUAAAUAAGUUAAUGUGAAGCUAUAGUCAAAUUGAAACUGGUUGUAUUAUAGAUAUGAUGACGGAUAUGUGCUAGGUCAGUAGGGUCACUUAAGAUUUUGGCAGUUCGGGAAAACUGCAGCAAUUGAGAUAUAGAAUGUCAGAACUUGUGACACUUGUAACUGUUGACUUGUGCCUUGCAUGUUUCCUAAGCUUGGAACUUGUAAUACAUUCUCCUGACUUAAAACAUUCACCUCAUGGCUGAACGCAUAUAAACAAUCAAUCAUAACCGCAUUGUGAAAUGUAGCAUUCUUUGUGCAAGUACCGAGAUUAUG